AGUUCUAGCACCAAAAGCACAAUCGAAAUAGGCGCUGCAAGCUUUGAUUCUGUUUUUCGCGCUUUCCUUGAAUUUUCCGCGUUUUUCUCAGCUUUUCUCGUAAUGUGAAACAGGAAUUGCUCCAAAAAAUCCGUUACAAAAAUUUAAAAUGCCCCAAGAAGUCUACCUUUAGGGGCAGCACACCUACACACUCGCAAUUCCUCUGGUGCGAUGAUCGCUGCUUGAACAAGCAGAUGCCGCAUCAUACGACAUUCGCGGUUUCAAGCAUUUGCGUAAUGCAGCAAACAACAACGCUCUUGUACCGUUCAAUUCGUUCAAUUGCUGGGAAAACUUCCUCGCCACUCUUUCUGUCUCUACGCUCCCUAUCGUCUAGCCGUGUCAGGAUGUCCGGAAAGUACUCAAUUGUCGAACGCGGAGUCCCCAAUUCCACGGACUACAGAAUAUUCUUCAAGAAUGAAGCUGGUUGUCUUAUCUCACCAAUGCAUGACAUUCCCCUGUAUGCUAAUGAGGCAAAGAACGUCGUGAAUAUGGUUGUAGAGAUUCCCCGGUGGACCAACCCUAAGAUGGAGAUCUGCCUGGCGGAGGGACUCAACCCCAUCAAGCAGGACAUUAAGAAGGGGAAGCUUCGCUACGUUGCCAAUGUCUUCCCCCACAAGGGAUACAUUUGGAACUACGGCGCUCUCCCGCAAACGUGGGAGAAUCCUGAGCAUCUGGAUCCAGCAACGGGGUGUAAGGGUGACAAUGACCCAAUUGAUGCCCUGGAAAUUGGCUCUCGUGUUGCCAAACGCGGUGAAGUGCUUCAAGUUAAGAUCCUUGGAACUGUUGCACUAAUUGAUGAAGGUGAGACUGACUGGAAGAUCGUGACAAUUGAUGUUAAUGAUCCGGUGGCAAAUCAACUCAAUGACAUCACGGACAUUGAUAAAUUCUUCCCUGGGCUCCUAAAAGCCUCCAUCGAAUGGUUUAAGAUGUACAAAAUCCCCGAUGGAAAGCCAGAAAAUCAAUUUGCCUUCAAUGGAGAACCCAAGAAUGCGGAAUUUGCAAAGAAUGUCGUAGCUGAGGUGCAUCAAUUCUGGAAGAAUCUUAUCACUAAUGAUGCUUCGGGUCCCAUCAGUUGUUGCAAUACAACUUGUUCUGAUACUCCGCAAUUUAUAUCUCCGGAAGAAGCUCAGAAUGUCCUACAAAAAUCCUCCGAAGGAGGUGUUGCUGAGCCCAUCAGUGACUCUGUGGACAAAUGGCACUAUGUGCACCUAAAGUAGAUUCCCUGAGAUAGUCUCAAUUACACCACAUCCCCCCCUGCUCAGUUCUUGUGUGAGAAAUAAUACGAGAAGAAAAAGAAAAGAAAAACCCUUUCGGUCCGCAGAGAGUAGUGAAUUUUUUAAAGUCUAUUGCCUAGCAAUGCAUUACAAAUUGUUGGAGAGUUUAGUUAGUAGGUAUUUUGGCUGAAUGUCCUUGUUACCACACCCAUAAAAUAAUAAUGAUUGUUUAAAAGGCACAUUGUACACUGAACUGGGAAUUUCCACGGUGAAAUAAUUUAAUAAAAUAUAAAUGAAAAAAAAUACAAAA